AUGAUGAACGAUGGAUUGCUCGAUGUAGAUGGCUGUCUGAGAUGGAUUGCUGGUAGGUUGCUGGUGCAUGAUGGAUGGACGAAAGAGUGGAGGUGUAUCGUUCGCAAGAAGAGGAAGGCGAAGGAACGUAAUAGGAUUGAAAAAAUUCUUGAAAAAACUAAGCCUCCGAGAAGUCAAAAACCAAACAACAACAACAACAACAACAACGACAAUAAUGAUAAUAAUAAUAACAAUAAUAAUACCGUCAACGUUGACAUCAUCAACAAUAAUAAUGACGACUACACAAUUAAAAUGGCGCGAAACAAAAAUGAUAAAAAUGACGUCACAAGUGACGAUGACCGUGGCGAUGACGAUAAUGAUGGCGAUGAUGAUAAUGAUGAUGGUAAGUGCAAAAAUGAAGUCAGCGAUUUGAUGAGGAAAGAGUUAUUAAGGACCCUAGCCGAAGUCUACAUGAUCAAAGGAGAGAAAAUAUCUGAAAAGUUUGAGCAAAUUGGCCAUCAAAUGCUUUGUCAGGGCUUGUCAAUUAGGAACCACAACAACAAUAACUACAACAGCAACAGCAGCAGCAGCUACAACAACAGCAGCAGCUACAACAACAACAGCAGCUACACCAACGACAACGUCAAAUGA